AUGAAUGUCGUCAAGGGCAAGAAAUACCGCAUCCGCAUCAUCAAUACAUCUGUCGACAGCUACUUCACGGUCUCCAUGGACGGACAUCCAUUUACGGUCAUCACAGCAGAUUUCGUACCCAUCAAGAAAUGGACUACUAAUCAGCUUACGCUCGCGAUUGGACAGCGCUACGAUGUUGUCAUUGAGGCAAACCAGACCGUUGGGAAUUACUGGUUCCGAGUGCAGCCAGCCACAGAGUGUGGUGGUAACUCUAUCCUCACAAAAGGCAUUCAGCUCGGAGCUGUCCUCCAUUAUGACGGCGCUGAAAAUGCAGAUCCAGCGCCCAGCACUUCAACAGUCACCCUGAACACUCUUUGCCGAGACGAGGCGACCUCCAGCCUCGUUCCCUUCGUUCCAAACCAGGUGCCCACUGACAUCGUCAGCCAGGCUGGAAAGAUUGAUCUCAAGUCCAGCCAAAACACAACAACGAAGCUUUUCCGAUGGCUGAUCGAUGGCACGCCUCACAUCGUGGAUUGGAACAAUCCCACUUUGGAAACUAUCCUUGCUGGAUCGCAAGACUUUGGAAUAAAUUCCAAUGUGCAUUCUAUGCAGAACAAAGACGCCUGGUACUUGUGGUGGAUCCAGUCGACAGCUACGGUACAGCUCGCUCAUCCCAUCCAUCUCCACGGCCACGAUUACUAUAUCCUUGGCUCAGGUACUGGCGUAUGGGACGGCUCUACUACUGGUCUGAACUUCAACAACCCGACUCGUCGUGAUACAGCUACAUUGCCCAAGAACGGCUACCUUCUCAUGGCAUUCCCUGCAGACAACCCUGGAAUUAUGCAAUUCGGAGAGCGAUAUAGCGACCUGCAAGGAGGCAGUCUUGGCGACAGAAGCGGUUUGAAGAAUGGGUGCGAUGAGUGGGACCAGUACUGGGUCGCUGGUAACCCGAAUAAGCCAUAUGAGCAGACUGACUCUGGUAUUUGAGCACUUGGAUUGGUAAAAGCUUCACAUGUCUCAUUCUGGCGUUUGUUGUUUCAGGCGGUCAUUGGGUACACGCUUCAAGCUGGUUUCACUUCCCUCAGUCGAUCAACAUUCUGCUACUAUGCCAGCGAUUUCCUAUUUCAUUUUUAGUACACAAUAUAUUCACCGGCUUU